CCACUUUAGUAUAAUAUUUUUGUAAUUUUUCCGAUUUAAAAAUAUAUAAGUAAUUAUGGGGAAAAGCAAAAGAGGUGAAUAUUUAUAUAGAUGUAAAUGUUGCUUGGAUGAAGUAGGUUUAAAGAAUAUGUGGACGGAGUAUUACAGAGAUGGUGAACGAGAGAUUUAUGGGGAGAUGUUGACGGACUGUUUUGCUCUUUCUUGGGAACAACCACCAGGAGACACAGAAAUGGAACAUAUAUGUGAGACCUGUGUGUCUCGUCUCCGAGAUGCUAUUAACUUUAAAAAAGAGAUAUUAUACACGGAACAUUUGAUUUUGGAACAAUUAAAGAAUGUAACCACUGAUCACAUCAAGCAGGAGGAGGAAUCAGAAGAUGAAAUAGAAACUGAGUAUUUGAGUAUAGAAUUUUUAGAAGAAGAUGACAAUGAGAGAGAUAAGUCAGAUAUAAAAAUCGAGAGACCUCAAGUGAAACAGGAAAAAGAUGUAUUGAUGAUAAACAGAAGAAGCAAGAAGUACACGGAUGAUGAUUUAGAGAAGUGUCUAGAAGCUGUCAGGACUAAGGCUUUAUCACAAAACAAGGCGUCGAUACUUUAUAGUGUACCGAGGAAGGCAAUCAGCUCAGCCAUCACUAGAAGGCAACUAUUAGAAGACACGGAGAAUUCGAAGAAACGGAGACGACCCGACUUACAGAAACGUCAAGAGAACGUCGACUAUAUAAUGAAAUAUACGAACGCGACGCCGUUUAAAGGAUUCGUCCGAACUGGAUACGGAUGUUUCUUCUGUUCAGUCGAAUACGAAAAGCCGACGGAUCUGAAAGAGCACACACUAGUCGAACAUUUCAGCGAGAACAUGCUCAGAGUUAAUAUCAUAUCUGAUCGAAGCGUUAAACUAGAUUUGACGGACCUAAUGUGCAAAGUUUGCGCAGAAAGUAUUGACUCCCUGGAGAACUUGCUCGAUCACCUUAGACUGGAGCAUAACAUAGAAAUAAACACGGACGUCCACAAUCACCUCGUUCCAUUCAAGUUCGAAAGCGAUACACUAAAAUGCGCGGUAUGUUCCGAGGAAUUCCUGAGUUUCAAAGUGCUCAAUGAUCACGUAAACUUGAAUCAUUACAAGAACUACGCGUGCGAGGAGUGCGGGCGAGGUUUCAUAAAUAAGAGAUCGUUACAAUCGCACGGCUACAGGCACGAGACGGGCGUGUUCACGUGCCAGUUCUGUGCGAAGGUUUUCACGACGCGGAUCCGUCGACUCGACCACGAGCGGUCCGUUCAUAUGUUCAAUAAUAAACGUCACAAGUGCGGAUAUUGCGGGGAGAAGUUCAUAGAUAUAGCGAAAAAGAAGGAGCACGAGGUCGUCGUGCACAGCGCGGCUAAACUAACAUACAAUUGCCAAGCGUGCAGCAAAACUUAUAACAGUCAGAAGUCUUUGCGGACUCAUAUUAGAAGCUUCCACUUGAUGCUUCGACCGUUCAAGUGUUCCUACUGCAACCUAGGUUUCUAUAAGAAUAUAGAAUUGAAGAAGCACAUGGUCAAGCACACGGGGGAGAAGGAUUAUCAGUGCGUCGUGUGCAAUAAGGCGUACGGACGGAAGUCGACCCUGCGCGAACAUAUGCGGAUACACGCGAAUGACAGGCGGUUCAAGUGCGAGCUCUGUGGGCAGGCAUUCGUGCAGAAGUGCAGCUGGCGCGGACACAUGCGGGCGAAGCACGGGGAACAGGUUUAGUCUCCGCUUAUGGGCUUUGAAUGGUUUUGUAAAUAAAUAUGU